UUCUCAUGCCUCGGCUUCCCAAGUAGCUGGUAUUACAGGCGCAUGCCACCACGCCCAGCUAAUUUUUUGUAUUUUUAGUAGAGACGGGGUUUCAUCAUGUUUGCCAGGCUGGUCUCGAACUCCUGACCUCAGGCAAUCCACCCGCCUCAGCCUCCCAAAGUGCUGGAAUUACAGCCGUGAUCCACCGAGCCCGGUUGUCUCAGAAGCUGUGGACUGGAAUCCCUGAGGCCCCUACCUGGGCCCACAUUGGCUGGGCUUCAGUUUCUUCCCCAACAACCUCCUGCUGGUGGCCCCAGCCCGGCCCCUUCCCCAGCAGGUCAGGGCUCCUCCAGGGGGCUGGUCCCUUCACUGCUCUGGCCCAGGAAACUGACCCCAAGUCAGAGGCUUCUUUGGGAACCCUGUUCUGUACCCAGUGAGAGAAGAGCCAGGGCUAGGAGGAAGCGACUCUGAGUGGGAGGGAAAUUCCUCCACCCAUAUUGCUUCCCUGGUCCUGGGUCAAAUGGCAAGUUAAAUUAGCCAUUAAAUCUGGGGUUGGGCCUGGCACAGUGGGGGCUAAGGCGGGAGUGUUGCUUGAGACCAGGAAUUUGAGACCAGCCUGGGCAACAUGACAAAACCAGUCUCUCCAAAAAAAAAAAAAGUGGGCCAGGCGCGGUGGCUCACGCCUGUAAUCCCAGCACUUUGGGAGGCCGAGGUGGGCAGAUCACUUGAGGUCAGAAGUUCAACACCAGCGUGGCCAACAUGGUGAAAUCCCGUCUCUACUAAAAAUACAAAAAAUUAGCAGGAUGUGGCGGUGGGUGCCUGUAGUCCCAGCUACUCGGUAGGCUGAGGCAGGAGAAUCACUUGAACCCAGGAGGUGGAGGUUGCUGUGAGCUGAGAUUGUGCCACUGCACUCCAGCCUGGGCGACAGAGUGAGACUCCAUCUCAAAAAAAAAGAAAGAAAGUGGGUUUGGUUUCCCUGCAAAACAGGAAGGCAGAGGGCAGCCCUGGGUUGCUGCUGUGAGGGAGUCUAGCCUGGCUCCGGCCUUAAUUUCCUCACCUGUAAAGUGAGAAAAAAAGACCCACCAGCGGAACCUUGCCAUCCUCAGAGGAGGGCUGGUGCUAGUCGGUUUUACAGAUGAGCUGAGGCCACUCAGCUGAAGCCGGACAACUGUGGAGCGGCUAGGCCAGGGUGCAAUACCAGGUCUGAGAGCUGAGCCCAAGGACCUCAGCCCUGCACCCCUGGGCUGGAGAGAACCCACAAGCAUCACCCCUCCCAGGCAUCACUACUUCAUCUGGGGACUGGAAGACUCAGAGGACUGGGCCAGGGCCUCGGGCUGUCAGCUGGGAUGCAGCCCUGGGGUUCUAGCUGCCAGCUCCAGGGAUCAGAGCCCUAUGCUAAUGCUCUGCUGUUGCCAACUUUAAAUUCUUAGGUUUUUUUUGUUUGUUUUUUUUUGCAAGAGGACUUGCAUUUUCAUUUUGCACUGGAUCCCAGGAAUUAUGUAGCCAGUAGUCCCGGGGGCUCUGGGUGACCCGGCGCACUCUCCCUCCCGCCCUUGGCUUUCACAAAGUGGGCUGAGAACUGGCACUUGGUUCACAGCACCGCUUUUGUGCCCGGUCUCCUCCUGCCCAGUGCCGGGUGUACCCAGAAGUUUCUGCAGGAAUGGGAGGGGGGAGGAGAGCCCUGAGCUGGCGAAGCAAGGAGCAGGCUGACAGCGGAGCCACAGCACAGAGCGAGGAGCUCUCAACAGGUGUCAGGCAGAGGUCUGGUGGCUGGCUCGCGGUCUGCUGAAGGCUGCCUUGACCAGGAAACCGAAGACUCUCCACUUUUUCCACAGCAGUUCCUGCAGCUUCCUUGAGGUGUGAACCCAUAUCCCUGCCCCCAGGGCCACCUGCAGGACGCCGACACCUACCCCUCAGCAGACGCCGGAGAGAAAUGAGUAGCAACAAAGAGCAGCGGUCAGCAGUGUUCGUGAUCCUCUUUGCCCUCAUCACCAUCCUCAUCCUCUACAGCUCCAACAGUGCCAAUGAGGUCUUCCAUUACGGCUCCCUGCGGGGCCGUAGCCACCGACCUGUCAACCUCAAGAAGUGGAGCAUCACCGACGGCUAUGUCCCCAUUCUCGGCAACAAGACGCUGCCCUCUCGGUGCCACCAGUGUGUGAUUGUCAGCAGCUCCAGCCACCUGCUGGGCACCAAGCUGGGCCCUGAGAUCGAGCGGGCUGAGUGUACAAUCCGCAUGAAUGAUGCACCCACCACUGGCUACUCAGCUGAUGUGGGCAACAAGACCACCUACCGCGUCGUGGCCCAUUCCAGUGUGUUCCGCGUGCUGAGGAGGCCCCAGGAGUUCGUCAACCGGACACCUGAAACUGUGUUCAUCUUCUGGGGGCCCCCGAGCAAGAUGCAGAAGCCCCAGGGCAGCCUCAUGCGUGUGAUCCAGCGGGCGGGCCUGGCGUUCCCCAACAUGGAAGCAUAUGCCGUCUCUCCCGGCCGCAUGCGGCAAUUUGACGACCUCUUCCGGGGUGAGACGGGCAAGGACAGGGAGAAGUCUCAUUCGUGGUUGAGCACAGGCUGGUUUACCAUGGUGAUCGCGGUGGAGUUGUGUGACCACGUGCACGUCUAUGGCAUGGUCCCCCCCAACUACUGCAGCGGCCCCGCCUUCAGCGCAUGCCCUACCACUACUACGAGCCCAAGGGGCCGGACGAAUGUGUCACCUACAUCCAGAAUGAGCACAGUCGCAAGGGCAACCACCAUCGCUUCAUCACCGAGAAAAGGGUCUUCUCGUCGUGGGCCCAGCUGUAUGGCAUCACCUUCUCCCACCCCUCCUGGACCUAGGCCACCCAGCCUGUGGGACCUCAGGGGGGUCAGAGGAGAAGCAGCCUCCGCCCAGCCGCUGGGCCAGGGACCAUCUCGUGGCCAAUCAAGGCUCGCUGGAGUGUCUCCCAGCCAAUCAGGGCCUUGAGGAGGAUGUAUCCUCCAGCCCAUCAGGGCCUGGGGAAGCUGUUGGCCAAUCAGGGAUUUGGGAGCCUAUGUGGUUAAUCAGGGGUGUCUUUCUUGUGCAGUCAGGGUCUGCGCACAGUCAAUCAGGGUAGAGGGGUAUUUCUGAGUCAAUCUGAGGCUAAGGACAUGUCCUUUCCCAUGAGGCCUUGGUUCAGAGCCCCAGGAAUGGACCCCCCAAUCACUCCCCACUCUGCAGGGAUAAUGGGGUCCUGUCCCAAGGAGCUGGGAACUUGGUGUUGCCCCCUCAAUUUCCAGCACCAGAAAGAGAGAUUGUGUGGGGGUAGAAGCUGUCUGGAGGCCCGGCCAGAGAAUUUGUGGGGUUGUGGAGGUUGUGGGGGCGGUGGGGAGGUCCCAGAGGUAGGAGGCUGGCAUCCAGGUCUUGGCUCUGCGUGAGCGACCUUGGACAAACCCUUCUCCCUCUCUGGGCACCCUUCUGCCCACACCAGUUUCCAGUGCGGAGUCUGAGACCCUUUCCACCUCCCCUACAAGUGCCCUCGGGUCUGUCCUCCCUGUCUGGACCCUCCCAGCCACUAUCCCUUGCUGGAAGGCUCAGCUCUUUGGGGGGUCUGGGGCGACCUCCCCACCUCCUGGAAAACUUUAGGGUAUUUUUGCGCAAACUCCUCCAGGGUUGGGGAACUCUGAAGGAAACGGGACAAACCUUAAGCUGUUUUCUUAGCUCCUCAGCCAGCUGCCAUUAGCUUGGCUCUUAAAGGGCCAGGCCUCCUUUUCUGCCCUCUAGCAGGGAGGUUUUCCAACUGUUGGAGGCGCCUUUGGGGCUGCCCCUUUGUCUAGAGUCACUGGGGGCUUCCGAGGGUCUCCGUCGAUCCUCUGUCGUCCUGGGAUGGCUGCCGGGAGCUGUAUUGCCUGGGUUCUGUCCCCUGGCUCUGUAUCAGGCACUUUAUUAAAGCUGGGCCUCAGUGGGAUGUGUUUGUCUCCUGCCCUUCUGGAGCCUGGAAGGGAAGGGCUUCAGGAGGAGGCUGUGAGGCCAGAGGGACCAGAUGGAGGAGGCCAGCAGCUAGCCAUUGCACACUGGGGUGAUGGGUGGGGGCGGUGACUGCCCCAGACUUGGUUUUGUAAUGAUUUGUACAGGAAUAAACACGCCUACGCUCCGG